UAACAAUUGGUUGUUAAUUGCUGGAGUAGGAGUUGUUGUGUCUACAGUCGGCGCUAUGGCCCGUCCUGGUCGAGUGUUGCUGCCGCUGGUUGUGUAUCUGUCAUGGUCUGUUACGAUUACCCAAUCGUACAUAAUUUCAAACCAUCCAUGUUGCCGCGAGCCCAGCGAGAAUGUCACGCUUGCAAUGGUGAUAGAUGCCUACGAGAUAUAUGGCCACGACCCCACAGACAAACUGGACCACUUGGCCCACUACCAGCUAGAAAUGAUGAAGAUUAAACGUGCUCCUGAUCAGUACAUUAUAAACGAGCAUAUUCACAUAGCGACCGAUCAUUUGGCGCGGUUCAUACACAUGCAUCUCAAGGAACUAAAGGUACUGUUGAUUGCCCUGGACGACACGAUAGACAACAUGUUGACGAUGUAUGAUAACCAUAACGCUAUCAAAACUGAGAGGGUUGCUACGUACAACUCUGCGGCCGGUGGCGCCGUGCCUUCCGAGUUUUAUAUGAGUCAAGAAUACUACUGCGGCAGGAACGUGUAUAUCUUUGUGUCUGAGAUGUACAGCGACAUAUACAACAUGGGCCGCGGUCCCCUACCGUACUGCAAGGGUCGGGCCUUCCACUUUCUGGGCUUCGUACACUUCAUGGACGACAAGCGGUACUUCCUGGAGGAAGACCCUAAUGUCGUAUUCAGUAUGGAUAACUUUGUACACGGGCUGGAGUGCAAUAUUGGGAUUUGUAUUUUCAGAUUUCCAUUCAAAAAGAACUUGCAACACGUCCGCGACGUGUCCACUCUUCCGAAGGCUAUCGUCAAAUGUGGUACGGAGAUGUACAAACUGCCGCCUCUAACCGCUGCCUCGUGUAUCAUCACUUCAGGGUCCUUCAUACUGGACUUCAAUAUACAGGGAGUCCGGUUUAGGCAUCAUGAUUAUAUGUUGUUGAUGCCCAACGGACAUACGUACUACACGAAGGAGAAGUACGCCCCGAUGUUCUGCGACCACCACGUCUGUGAGUGGAACUACACCAACUUCUAUGGUGGUCCGUUCAUAAUCCCUGGCGACCCAGGCACAGGUCUGUCGCCAGUGCCGCCGUUCAUAGAGCAGACAUCCGAAGCCAUCCCAUACACCACGGGCAGGCCUGGUGGCGGUUUGGAUCCGGAGUCCAACAUUACUUAUUCACUGGACGGCUGCUGGUAUAUGUUCCCGCCUAACUACGGCUCUAUCGCCGGCAUCAGCUACUUGGACCCGCUCUCCGUCAACGAGUACCGCUUCACUUGCCAAGGAUCCGGGAAUAAAGGCCUAUACUGGUACCCGCAAUGGAUGGGCGCGUCCCCCCACCACCCGUACCCCGCGGCGGGCGACGGCCCGAGCUCGCUGACCCGACCCGUCGAACCAAUCUUCUAUCCCCACCAGCAGGCCGGCCCCCCCUCUACCAUUAUGAUGCCGGAAAGACACUGAAUAUAUGCUUCCUUUACAUA